CGGCCGGAGGUCUGACUCGCGCCUGCCCAGUGUGUUUGUCUCUGCUUUCUCCUUCACUGUGCCCCGCUGCACCGAACAGCGUCGUUAAACUCUGCAAGAUCCGCCCCAUAAACAAAGACAUGGCAGAGAAAGGAGUGGGGUGUGAGGUGCAGCAGGACAAGACAGGAAAAGGUGAAAAGGCAGACAACAAAGGCCACUGUGUGACAUGUCAGCACCACGCACCUAAGGGACAUGGCACAAUGGCCGUCCCUCCUUCAUACUCAGACUUGGGGAAAUCUGCCAAAGACAUAUUCAACAAGGGCUUUGGAUAUGGAAUUCUAAAGCUGGAUGUUAAGACCAAGUCCCAGAGUGGUGUUAUGGAGUUUGCCACCUCCGGCUCCAACAACACUGACACAGGAAAGUCAGGAGGCCACCUGGAGACCAAGUACAAACUGAAUGAGCUGGGCCUCAACUUCAACCAGAAAUGGAACACAGACAACACUCUCACCACAGAAAUCACCAUGGAGGACCAGCUGGCUAAAGGCCUGAAGCUCGGUUUGGAUGCGUCAUUUGUGCCCAACACUGGCAAGAAGAGCGCCAAACUGAAGUCCGGCUACAAAUGUGACUUUGUAAAUGUUGGCUGUGACCUGGACUUCGACAUGUCCGGUCCCACUCUCCACGGAGCUGCUGUGCUGGGCUACGAGGGCUGGCUGGCGGGCUACCAGUUGGCUUUUGACACAGCCAAAUCUAAACUGACCCAGAACAACUUCGCCCUUGGAUACAAGGCCGGUGACUUCCAGCUUCACACCAACGUAAAUGACGGCACAGAGUUCGGUGGCUCCAUUUACCAAAAGGUGAACAGCAACUUAGAGACGGCGGUCCACCUGGCCUGGACAGCUGGCAGCAACAACACAAGCUUUGGAAUUGGAGCCAAAUACCAGCUGGAUAAGGAUGCCUCCCUGUCUACCAAAGUUAACAACGCCUGCCUUGUUGGAGUCGGAUACACGCAAACCCUCAGGCCAGGAGUGAAGCUCACCCUCUCAGGGCUGAUUGACGGGAAGAACAUGAACGGCGGCGGACACAAAGUCGGCUUGGGUUUCGAGCUGGAAGCGUAAAGAUUCAGCAGGAGGACAGACAAGAAGAGAGAAGAGCAACACAAGAGAAGAAUAAAGAGCCCAAAUGUGAGAACACAGUUAAGGUCGACCCAGCGACACGUAAACACAUCUUCCCUCUGAGUCCUACACACAUAUGCACACAGAUACACACAUUCGUUGGCCUUAUCCCUGAAACCCAGAGCAGCCUCCAAGACCUCCGGCACUGUAGUUUUAAAAGAGUCAAGAAUUUUCUUGUGUUGGUUACUUUUAAAUUUUACAUUAUUUACAACUCCCACAACCAACCUUGGAGCAGAUAUUAUCAGAAUACAACAGACUUGUCAACAGGUAAUUCAUGCAAGAGCCCUGUUCUCCAAAACAUUUGCUGCUUACGACCAGUUUGACCAGACAAAGUGCACUUCCAACAGAGCAUUUGUGUCUUAAACAAUCAGUUUUCUUCCUGAAAAAAAGAUUUGAAGCACCUUCUUAUUUUGACUGUCUGGUCAGCUUGUUUUUUUUUCAGAUAUUCUCUGGGUUUUAGACAUUAAUUUCAGAUUAAUAGAAGACGCUUGUUUUGGUAUUUUUGUUUUUCAAGGCUAGAAGGAGUUUUUUUGACUUUUCAUUGUCACUUUGACAAGUACAGUGACUGUAAACAGAUGCAAUAAAAACUGGAGAGAAUUAAGCAGAAAAAAGAGAGUGGCUGAUCCUUCUCAGAGUGAGUGGACUUUGAUUUCACCAUUAGACCUCAGUAACACAGUUAUACUGUGAACCCUCAGUUGCCUAAAUGUCUAUUUUUCAGGUCCUGUUUGGUAAAAGGGCUGACGGUAAUUUGAGACUCUGUGUCACCUCUUUGUCUUGUCUCGUUUUGUGUCCUGUACAUGUUCAACCUUUACCACUACAUUUCACUUUAUCUGUGCUGUGCUUUGUAUAGGAGAUCUAGUCAACAGUUAGGACCUCAAACUGAUUUUAUUGAAUUAAUGGAAUAAAGAAUGUUAAACACUA